AUGUCCGCCGAGGAAUUUCGAGACGAGGACGCCUAUGUCGGUGCCGACGAGGUUGAUGAGGUCUUCCAGCGCGAUGAGGACCACCCUAUGGAGUCUGAGGGCGAGGACGAAGACGAGAAAAUGACCUACGAAGAACAUAUGAGCUUCCAGAACGACUCAUCUGCUCACUUCGACUCACACACCGACUCCGUCUUCUGUGUCGCUCAGCACCCUGUGCACAACAAUAUCGUGAUCACCGGCGCAGGUGAUGAUACCGCCUACAUCUUCGACUCCACUCCCGCCGAGCGUCCCGUUCUCCCUCAGAGCUACGAAUCAAACCCCCAGCCCCGUGAGCGCGAGUCCUUGAAGCCUCUUGUCAAGCUUGACGGACACUCCGACACAGUCAAUGCCGUUGCUUUCACCGAGCCCGCUGGUGAAUAUGUCAUCACUUCCGGCCUAGACGGCAAACUGCGCGCAUGGCGCGAUUCCACCCCCGACAAGACCGGAUUCGCCUGGGACUUUGUCGCGGAAGCACAGGAAGUCGAGGAAAUCAACUGGAUCUCUGUCUGUCCUUACCAGGCCGGCAGUGAAGAAAAGCGCAAUGUCGUCGCCUUGGGCGCAAAUGAUGGUUCCGCGUGGGUGCUCCGCAUCGAUCAUACCGAUUCUCAGCCUAUCUCCAUUAUCCAGACUUUCUUCCAGCACACUGCCUCUUGUACAGCCGGUGCUUGGACACCUGAUGGAAACAUGCUUGCGACAGUAUCGGAGGAUGGAAGCUUCUACGUUUACGAUGUGUUUGGUGCUGCGGCUGCAGCUGGAAUUGCUGGGUCUCCUGGUACUAAUGCGGUUGUUGGUUUGACUGCGGAAGACCAGCGUUUCGCAGUUGAGGGUGGUCUGUACUCCGUGACCGUUUCGCCUGGUGGUGGUAUUGCGGCUGUUGGUGGUGCCGAGGGUCACAUUCGGAUCGUCGGUCUUCCUCGACUGGCUACUGCGGGCCCAGCUGGAAAGGGCAAGGGUGCAGGCGCUCAAGCAGCCACUGCUUCUGCUGCCGGAACUAUUCUCGCAGCUCUGCAAGCUCAAUCAGAUGGUAUUGAGACUCUGUCUUUCUCCCAGCCCCCACUCACCCUUCUGGCUGCCGGCUCAGUCGAUGGUUCUAUUGCGCUCUACGAUGCCGCUCAUCGAUUUGCUGUUCGUCGCCAUAUCAAGGAGGCGCAUGAAGGUAAUGCUGUGGUCAAGGUGGAGUUCCUGCAGACCCGGGCUCCCGCAGCUGCGCCCCGUGCGGGCUCGCUUGCAUCCGCUUCUACCCAGGGACAAUCAUGGAUGUUGACAUCUGUUGGCUUGGAUGGUGUUGUUCGUCGGUGGGAUGCACGUGGUGGUACCGCCGCAGCUGGUCACGGCUUGCUGAAGGAGUGGAAGGGACAUCUGGCUGCCACUGAGAACGAGGAUGGUGAACAAGCUGGUGGUAUUAUGGCCUUCGUUCAAGGAUUCGACGGCAAGCGUAUCGUCACAGCUGGUGAUGAUGGUGUUUCCUUGGUCUUUGAGGAUCAGGAGUAA